CAACUUCAAGAUGCAACCAACCAGGCUACGUCUCGCCGCCAAGGGCGAAAGGCCCAACAUCACCGGUUUCGAUAUGCGCGCCCUGCAGGCAGCGACUGGCCAACCCCGUUACGACCCUUGGGAGAGAGCAGAGGCAUGGCGAUAUACCGGCCGCUUCACCCGCUGGAACCGCUUCAAGAGGGCUUUCCCCGGCCUGGGCAUUGCCACCGUGGCUUUCGCCGGAUACUGCGCUUACGAGCACCUCUUCCUUAACGACAGCCAUCACGGAGACAGCCAUGGCAAGGAUCACCACUAAGAAAACCCGACGAUGUUGUGUAUGGGGCGAGGGAGGGGAAUAUGGAGGGGCAUAGAAAUGGGAAUCGGCACGAUUGGCUUGGCUGUACAUAUACCCGCUAGAGAGACCAAAAAGGAGUCGUCUCCGGGAGAAAGAAUCGAAACGUUUUCUUUUGUCAUGAACAUUGGCACGCCUCAUCCGCCGCCUGGAUGGACACCAGACCAGGACACAGUCAGUGAAAUGCGAGCAUGGGAUGAGAAGACAAAUCGGUGUUUUGUAUGAGGGCGAGAAGGGUGGACGCAACGAGCCAUAGCCCGCAUCCACAAUCCUCAACAAUCCAGUGGAAAGCACUUGGCGGAUCAUUUCAUGUGUGCCGAACACGAAUCCAAAUGGCCGAAGAAAGCAUGAUGCGUCAAAUAUGACCAGAUAUUGCUAUUUUAUCCAGUUACAUCUAAGUAUUGGCCAGUCCAGUCCAGUCCAGUGGCCGCCUAUCGAUAGUCAUUGAAGUCUCAAACCCCA